UCAUUCUGACGCGAUGGCUGAUAAAGUGCCGGUCAUAGAUUUCGCUGCCUACCGAUUGCAGAUUAGUGACCCCGAAUCUGUUUCAGAUUCAGAUUUGGAGACACUUGCAGACAGUUUUUAUAAUGCCUUAAGUACAGUUGGAUUUUGUUACAUAAAGAACCACGGACUCUCCCAAGACAAGGUCGAUGACUUUUUUAGGGUUUCGAAAACCUUCUUCAGUCAACCGAGGGACGUGAAGGAGGCGUGUGAGUCUCCGACUGGUAGAUUUAAUGGCUACCAAGCACUCGAGAAGGAACGGCUGACUCCGUCGAGGCCGGGGGAUCUGAAGGAGACCUUUAAUUAUUCAUCAUGUGACGAUCACCUCAACAUUAAAUACCCUGACAGUGUCCCGGGUAUGGAAGCUGGUUUUUCGAACUUCUUCACCCACGUCACACAGCUAGCCCAUCGGGUCCUGGACGUGAUGUCCAUCUCACUCGGCCUCCAGGAUAGGAAUUAUCUCCGAAGCCGGCACCGGAGUCUGGGAGGGAAGCAAAGCCCGGCAACACUACGGAGCAUCUACUAUCCGCCUCUACCCGGGGAUGGUUCUAUCAAACCAGGACAGCUGCGAUGCGGUGAGCACACAGACUAUGGCACCCUGGCGCUGCUCAUCCAAGACAAGAUCGGGGGGUUACAGAUAAUGACUACCGAUGGGACUUAUAUUUCGGUACCCCCAAUAGAGGGCACAAUAGUCGUCAACAUUGGCGACCUCAUGCAGAGGUGGACCGCCGACAAACUCAAGGCAACGGUGCAUCGAGUCGUCAUCCCAGAGGAGGAGACAACCAAGAGGCAAUGUCGGCAGUCGGCGGUUCUUUUCGUGGAUCCCGAUGAUGACGUCGUCAUUAAUUGUUUGGAUGGAUCUGGGAGAUACAGCCCAGUCAGUUCUCACGACUUCGUCAUCGGCAGGAUCAAGGCCACGUAUGGAGACGCUUGAUUGCAUCACAGCAUGCAAUAUAUACAAAGACUUUUUGUGCCUGGGUUUUACAAUUAUUGUUUUUGUUAAGCUUUUUUAUUGUCAGUUCUGUGAAUAUGCUGAUGCACAUCAUUGAUUGCAGGUUAUUGUUUCAUACUGCGGAAUUGGGUAGUUCUGACAACAAUGAUAAUAAGGUAAAUAAAUGGAUAAGUUGAAAGACAGUA